AUGGAAACCCUGCCUGCAGAGCCCGAGGCUCUGGUGGCCGUGGGGCCACUGGGAUCAAUCGAUCCCGAAGGUGGGCUCGAAGUGACCCUGGCCGACAGCUCCCCGAGGCCAGUAGCAGAAGCAGCGGCAGAAACGAGUGAAAUGCAAGAGCAGCAGCAAGAGCAACAGCAGCAGCAACAGCAACAGCAACAGCUGCCGACGCUGCAGCGGCUCAAUCGGGAAAUUCAAACCGCCAAUGACUUAGCGGAGACUUCCUUUAUAGAGAUGGUUCCUGCUGGCGCUGCAGAGCAACAGCAGCAGCAGCCGCAACAGCAGCAAAAUAGAAUGCUUGAACAGAAAGGGAGCGAUCCGGAGGAGUCGCCUCAAAAGGCGGAGCUGCAGGAAAUGCAGCUGCAGCAGCAGCGGCAGCAGCAGCAUCACCACGAGCAGCAACAGCAGCAACAGCAGCAACAGCAGAAGCAGCAACAACAGCAGCAACAACAACAGAAACAGCAACAGCUACCGCUGGAACCUCUCAAGAAGAGAGCUAAGAUUCCCUUCAUUGCCCACCGCAGCAGCUGCGGCAGCAAUCAACUCUCAGAGUGCCCUCCAACAGUUCCUCCCCCGAGGAAGGUUGGAGGCGAAGGUCCGCCGCGCUGUACGCAGCAGAGAGCUGCGGCACGAAACGGCAACAGUCCAGCAGCGGCUGCAGCAGCAGCAGCAGCAACAGCGACAGCAACGGGACCCGCAGCAACAGAAGGAGAGACUACUCAGUGCCUCCGCGUGGCCAAGCAGCGCGUGGAGGAACUCACCACUCACCUCAGCCACCUCGUUGUUUCAGAGGCCCGUUGUGCAUAUGAUGAAGCUUGCUUGCUGCAGCAGCAGCAGCUUUUAGCCAUUGAGUAUGAAAGGGAAAAGGCGCUGCUGUUGCUGGAGCGGCUGCUGGACGAAAAGGACGUUCACAGUUCAGAGCUGUUCAGGGCAGUGAACGACAAGGUUGUUGCGUACGAAGUUAUCUGCGCGACAAAGCCCAGUGAGAAGGGCCAAACCACAAAUAAUUGUUUGGACGAUCUCAGCCACUGCGACAGCAGCACCACCGAGAACAACGGCAGCAGCAGCGACAGCAGCAGCAGCAGCAGCAGCAGCAGCAAUGACAAUAGCUGCGCUGAGGUUGAAGUGGUUGCAGUCAAGGUGAUGGAGGUCUCACUGACGCCGCGCACUAAGCGGCGAAGGCUCUCGAAGGCAAGGUGGCGGGGAUACGCCGCGCGCUCCGCGCUUAAGCGCGAGCGCUGCAUUGCUGCUGCUGCUGCUGCUGUUCUCAACAGCUUUGCUUCAGCAGCAACAGAACUCCAGCGCAAGAUCAGAGGCUUGCUGCAGAGAAGUAGGCAGUAUUUGGAAUAUGUUCGCACGAAGCUGCUGCUACCACAAAAGCCAGCAGCAGUUGCAGCAGCCGCAGUAGCAACAACAGCAGCAGGAGCACCAGCUGCAAGCCCAACGAAGGCAGCAACAGCGAAAAAAAAAUUCAAAGGGAUCUCACGAGAAACGCAAACUCCUGGCUGCAACUUUGAGCAGCAGCAGCGUCAGAACGAGCAGCAGCAGCAGAGUCGGCAGCAACAUGAGCAGCAGCAGGAGGAGCAGCAACAGCGGCUCUCCGUCGUGGAGCUGCCUGUGGCAGUCACUAGCAGCCGCAGCUCCGUGUGCAGCUUUCCUCACCAGCUGCAGCAGCAGCAGCAGCAGCAGCAGCAGCAGCAGUUGGGUUCAGUGCUGGCGAGGCUGCAGCACCGCAAACGCUACGCCGCGCUGCUGCAGCGAACCUCUUUGCUGUUGCAGCAGUGGCAGCAGCUGCGCCUGCUGAACCCAAAAGACGAACAAAGAAUGUUGCUUAUGGCUAGCCACCAGCUAGCCACGAUCAAGCGCAUGAAGUUAGUCCGAAGCGUCUAA